AUGUUUGUUAGAAUUGGUUUGAUGAUAGCUGAAGGAUUUGUAUCUAAUGGAGCUAAAGUUUAUAUCUCUUCAAGAUCUUCAGAUGUUUGUGAAGCAAUUAGUUUACCAGCAAAUUUACAAGAAUUGAGUGAAGUUAAAAGAUUAGUUUCAGAAAUUGAGAAAAGAGAAAAUGGAAAAUUAGAUAUAUUAAUUAAUAAUGCAGGAGCAGCUUGGGCUCAAAAGUUUGAUGAAUAUACUGAUAAAGCCUUUGAAAAAGUGAUGAAUUUGAACCUUAAAAGAAUCUUUGAUUUAACUCAAGUUGCCAUGCCAUUAUUAGAAAAUGCUGCCACGCCAGAAGAUCCUUCAAGAGUAAUUAAUAUAAGUUCUAUUUAUGGCGUACAGGUCCCACUUGCAGAAGGAUAUGCUUAUGCUGCAUCCAAAGCAGCAUUAAUCCAUUUAACUCGAGUCAUGGCUGGGCAUUUAUCAAAUCGUAAUGUGACAUUUAAUUGUGUGCUACCAGGUCCAUUCGAGUCAAAGAUGACAAAAAAUUUUCUUGAUGCUAAUAAAAAAUUGGUGAUCUCAAAUGUACCAUUGGGCAGAAUUGGUAGAUCGGAAGAUGUUGCUGGCACAUGUAUUUAUUUGGCGAGUAAAGCUGGUGCAUUUACUAAUGGUGCAUUGGUAACUGUUGAUGGUGGUAAUCUUUGCAAACCUAAAUUGUAA